UUGGGCGCGUUUUCUCUCUGCCAGCCUCGCCUGCUGUUGGGUUUGUGAUCUAUCUAUCUGUCUAGCUGUCUAUCUCAGCGUCUGUGUAGCUCUCCGUUCCCGUUCAGGGUCAUUCGGUUCAUCCGGUGCUGAGCGCGAGCGGCGAUGGCGACAUCACGGCCGUCUUUCUUGCUUCCGUUUUGCUCGUGACCAGCUGGAGGAUUCUUCAAAAAAAAAAAAAAAAAGAGAAAGAAAGAAAGAAAGACGCAUUAAACCGUGGAAUAAAAGGAGAGGGUUGACAGCGGAGCCCGGUACUGAAGAAGGGAGUGUCGGAGUGUGUCGGAGUCGGAAUCGGAGUCGGGAGUCGGUGUCGGUGUCGGUGCGCGUGCUUGCCGUGUUUUUCCCCCCUCCUCCUCCCCCCUCCUCCUCCCCGUGUCUGUGUGAGAGGUAACGUCAGUAACGCGCGGCUGAGUCACCCACCGCCGGAGCGCCCGAAGGGUCCCGCACGCAGGGAAAGCAAGACUCGGGGAGGGACGUGGUGAACAAGUGAGCAGACGCUGAAGCGUAAAAAACAGGAGGAGAAGAAGAAAGAGAGAGAGAAAGGAAGCACGGUGGCAGGGGUGGAACGAGCGACCCUGAGAGAAGAGGACGAGCACUGGGCUCCCCCCUGACCCCUAAACCCCCGAGCUCGGAGUCAUCAUGAAUGACCAGAACGUGGUGAAGGAGGGAUGGCUGCAGAAGAGAGGAGAGUAUAUAAAGAACUGGAGGCCACGGUACUUCCUCUUGAAGACGGACGGCUCCUUCAUCGGCUACAAGGAGAAGCCCCAGGACGCAGACUUCGCCUACCCGCUCAAUAACUUCUCUGUGGCCAAGUGUCAGCUGAUGAAGACGGAGAGGCCGAAGCCCAACACCUUCAUCAUCAGAUGCUUGCAGUGGACCACUGUGAUCGAGCGAACCUUUCACGUGGACACACCUGAGGAGAGGGACGAAUGGGUGGAAGCGAUACAGAUGGUGGCGGACAAGCUGGCCAAGCAGGAGGAGGAAGGAAUCCUGUGCAGCCCCACCACCCAGAUCGAGAUCGUCAACGAGGAAGAGAUGGACACCUCCAUCAGCCACCAUAAACGAAAGACAAUGAACGACUUCGACUAUCUGAAGCUGCUGGGCAAAGGCACCUUCGGGAAGGUGAUCCUGGUGAAAGAGAAGGCCAGUGGAACUUAUUAUGCAAUGAAGAUCCUGAAGAAGGAGGUCAUUAUUGCCAAGGAUGAAGUGGCCCACACUCUGACUGAAAGCAGGGUAUUAAAAAACACUAGGCAUCCCUUUUUAACCUCUCUGAAGUACUCCUUUCAGACCAAGGAUCGUCUGUGCUUCGUGAUGGAGUACGUCAACGGCGGAGAGCUGUUUUUUCAUUUGUCAAGAGAGCGCGUGUUUUCGGAAGACCGGACCCGUUUCUACGGCGCCGAGAUCGUCUCUGCACUGGAUUAUUUGCACUCUGCUAAAAUUGUUUACCGCGAUCUUAAGCUGGAGAACCUGAUGCUGGACAAGGACGGCCAUAUUAAGAUCACAGAUUUCGGCUUGUGUAAGGAGGGCAUCACUGAUGCUGCCACCAUGAAGACGUUCUGCGGAACUCCGGAGUAUCUGGCACCUGAGGUGCUGGAGGAUAACGAUUACGGGCGAGCGGUGGACUGGUGGGGGCUCGGCGUGGUCAUGUACGAGAUGAUGUGUGGACGCCUUCCCUUUUAUAAUCAGGACCAUGAGAAGCUGUUUGAACUGAUUCUUAUGGAAGAAAUCAAAUUUCCCAGAACCCUCUCUGCUGAUGCCAAGUCUCUGCUCUCUGGCCUGCUCAUCAAAGACCCUAACAAAAGGCUGGGAGGAGGUCCGGACGACGCAAAGGAGAUCAUGAGACACAGUUUCUUCUCUGCGCUGGACUGGCAGGAUGUUUAUGACAAAAAGCUCAUUCCGCCGUUCAUGCCCCAGGUCACGUCUGAGACAGACACCAGGUAUUUUGACGAGGAGUUCACAGCUCAGACCAUCACGAUCACCCCUCCGGAGAAGUUCGACGAGGACGGCAUGGACUCGGCCGACAGCGAAAGGAGACCACAUUUCCCACAAUUCUCGUAUUCAGCCAGCGGGCGGGAGUGAAGCUCGCUCGUUAACCGGCACCAGUGUUUUCAUCCGAGGCCAUUUAAGGAAAUUACGUAGCCAUGCUAGGAAAAGUCUGCACUCUUUCCCCUUCUCCUCCUCCUCCUCCUCCUCCUCCUCCUGUUUUCUCUUUAAUUAUUUAAUGACUUGGGGAAGUUUUCAUUUUGUUUUGUUUUGUUUUUUUUUUUUUCCAAUUUUAUUUUUGAUGUUGGGAAAAAGGGGUUUUGCACAGAUGGGUCCGACUGAACCUAGUCAACCCACAUAAAAAAAGAAAGUCUUGUACAUUUUCAGCAUUGUUGUUGUUUACAGCAGAUCAAGAACAGUUUUUUGUUUUUGUUUUAUGUUGGGUUUUUUUUCAGUGCAUUAAAUUAUGUCCAUCAGUAUUACCAUUGACGUUGAGCUUAUAGGUUUGUUUGUUGUGUUUUUUUUUUUGGUUUUUUUUUUGGUGUAUGUGUGCUUGUUUUAAAGAGCCGUUCUGGGGAACAAAACCAAAAAUGUUGCCUUAUGUGUGCGGACAGACAGACGGACGGACGGACGGCUGGACAGAGAGACAGGGUUCUUGGCUCGCAAAAAACUUUUCUUAUCUUUAUGUUUCUGCAUCGCACUGUAUAACAUGUUCCACCUCUCGCACUCUGUGACACUGCGGGGGAAAUGUGUACGAAAGAAAGACACUAAGGUUUAUUAUUUUUUUGUUCAAAAGGGAAAGAUUUAAUUUACAGUACGCAAAACUGCCAGUUACCAUAACGUAAACCUUACUCAGGCGACGUCGAGCACAAGCUACUCAAACCAGACAGAGAGAGAGAGAGAGACGGAGAGAGAGACGGAGAGAGAGAGAGAGAGAGAGAUGUGGAAAGGUUUGAGGUGGUUUGCUGUUAAACACAACUCAGCUACAGUAUAGACAGAAUGUCAGAGCACUGAUCUGGGAUCAGUUUUUCACUUUCCUGGAGGAAUAUCCUCCUCUCUCAUGCACAUGCAGUUGAGUGCAAAAGUUUGCAACCCCCCCCCCCCCCCCCUUUUUAAUUUACAAUUUACAAACAGAAAGCAUAACACUCACCCACCAUUUCCCAUUUAGAGAAUCCUUAAAAUGUCUGCAUGAUAUAUUUCCAAGUCCAGUACACCGAGGUACACAAAUAAAGGGUGCAUUUUUUUUUUUUUUUUUUUUUUUUUUUUUUUUUUGCUAAACGCCCUAAUUUUUUUUCGAAGUGUAAGGUAUUUACUCACUCACGGAACCUUAACCUUAACUCUAGGAUCCUCCUUUUUCUUGUAAAAGAAAAGUAUUUCACAUUUUAUCUAAAGAUAAAAUCAUUUCAAGGUGAAAUUACUGAAACUAAAAGGUGGGUGUGUGAACAGAAAGGAAAGAGCUAGUUCUUCCAGUGUUACAGCUGAGAGGAUGCAGGAAGCUGCUUUACAGAUAGAAAAGAGGUUCUAAAGGCGAAGGGUGGAGAUGUGGUCUGUGUACGUCGCGUCCACUCGUUUAUUCAUUUGGAAAUGAAAGAUCGGAAAACGAGCAAUGAAGCUCUUGACACUAAAACAGGAAAUGAAUUCAUUUUUUUAUAGAAUUAUUUAAAAAAAAAAAAAAAAACUCUUUUUAGUUCCUUCUGCUAGUUUCACGAUAUAAAGUCUAGAAAUCAAAUGUUCAUUAAUUAAAAUAUGGGGAAAAAACCUGCCACUGCAGUACAUUUCAGCAUGAACAGAGUCGAGCUGGAAGUACGUCGGCUGUUCUACAUGUUCUGUUCUCUGGUUAAGAUGUGUACUCUGGAAUUCUGUUUUCCUUCACCAUCAGCCUCGUGCUACAUUUAAAAAGUAGCACAGUGACCAAGGUCACUCAAGAUCGUUUAUUAAUAUUAGCUCCAACCCGAAUCUGAAAUGAUGAAAAACAAGUGACAGAGAAAUAACAUGAGGGCGUUUUGUAAUAUUUAUUAUUUUAAAGCCAAGAACAGAUUUGCCCAUCUCACUUGCAUAUGAUAAUUAUUUUUUAAAAUUCUGAAAUGAAAAAUGAAUGAACACAAUGUAGGCAGACCAGAUGUUAAAAAAAACUUAUAACCUUAUUAUUAUUAUUUUUUUUUUUAAAACUUGUGAUAAUGAACGAACAUCUGGAGAAACUUAAAACUUUAAAAAUCUUCUAAAUUUCAUUAUGUUCUCUAAAGGUGUACAAACUUUUGCACUCAACUGCACGUACAAUCUCGGAUAUUGAACGUAGUCAAGAUAUCGAUGAAAACCUGAUCCUGGAUCAGAGCAGCUCUGUUUAUCAGAAGUUUUAUAGUCAUUUACAAAAGUAUUUAACAAAAACAAGAGUGGAAAAAAUACAAUGGAAAUAAAUACAUAAAUAAUAUUUGUAGAUAAUAUAUUAAAUCAUAUAUAAUGAAUUAUAAUUAUGACAAUAUAUAAUCCGGGCAGUGUUGUAAAAGUCCUGGCGGUGCCUGUGAUACUCUGGGAAAGUGUAUUGCGAUGAAAAGUAUCACGAUAUCGACAUCACGUUGUCCCAUCGUCCAGCACUGACACACACCCGGUAGCUAUAUGUACAGAAACCUCACUACAGAUCAGCGCUGUGAUUACACACACGCGUUUGCGCGUGUGCCGUGACAGAAGAGCGCUCAUGCGUACGCCGUUACACACGUGUGCUUGUGCGUACGCUGUGUUCUGUAAAAUCCUAAAAAGAAAAACAAAUCGAGGAUCAGCUCUGAUCAACUAACCACACAAGCUUCUCUUUUCACAACACAAAUCUUACUCUUACUUUGAUUUGUUUUUUUUGUUGUUGUUGUUGUUGUUGUUUUGGCAUUACCCAGUUCAGUUUAGAUGAAAGAAAGUGACCAACAGUGCCCUCCAGAAUUAUUGGCACCCUUCAAAUGUGAUAUUUCGAGCUCAAAUCUACAGGGACAUCGUCAUCAUAAAGGGAUUUUACACGUGUGCAACUGCAAAUUCACUCCCCAGGGAAACAGGGCCUGGUUAAAUGUAACAACGGAGUUCCUGGAGGCUGAGAGGAAGAUUUUAUUUUUUUUUUUUAAAGGAAUGGCAAUCAUUUUGGCAACCCGAGGAGGAUGAAGGCUAACACUUGUUUCUUUUGAGACACGUGAAAUCAGCCACAUCUUUUCAAACAGCUUACAGAGCAGCGCUGAAGAAAGCGUCAUCGGCCCUCUUCUGCAUACAUGAGCUCCCAGGCCCCUGUGAUCAGCUAGUGAUUGACAGGAGAGAGAGAGAGUAGGCCCCUCCCACUCACUGACAGAGCACUGACGAUUUUGCUCCUUUGGCUCGUGAUCUCCUGUUGCACUGAUUGCGAGCCGGCAAAUAUGUAGUUUUUUUUUUUAAUAUGAGAACAAUUGAAUGGAAAGUUUUAAUUAUGGUGUAAUAUUUAUUUUAUACAGUCAUUUUUUGCUCGUUUUUAUGAAAGGUGCCAAUAAUUCUGGAGAUUACUGGAUGAUGUUGGCAUGGCAAUCAAAACCCAGAUCAGAUCACCUUCACCCAAAACGACUGAAGACCAAGGCUGUGUCCAAAAUCACUUAAAAAUACACUAUUCAACAAAGAUGAUUCCCAGGCCCAAAUGUAAUGGCACCCCUGCAGAUCAGUGCACUACAUACUGUGUAAAAUAAUGGCCUUUACUAUAUUCCGUAUAUAGCGUUUUACUGUACGAGUGUUACUGUAUUGUACCAAUCCACAAGUUUCGUGCGGUAAUAUGUGGUUAGCGAUACAGCUUCAGACUCGUCCAAUUCGUCCAAUCCGACCACUCAUGUGAUCUAAAUAUGCAAUGGCGUCUAUUUCUUUUGUCACAGCAGACCUGUGUCUUAUUGUUAGAAACGAAAACAAUACUUAACAAUAAUUUGAAACAAAAGA